AUAUAUAUAUAUAUAUAUAUAUACUUUUUCUCAGAUGUGCAAGAAACUACAUUUUUCAGGGGAUAACACAGCGUUAAUUAUGAAUUGCAAUCCUGCCUUUCAGUAGACAUCAAGUUUACAAGCAUCUCUCAUAUAUAUGUGUAUAUGGCUUCUCAACUCUACUCAAUUCGUUUAACUCGUGAGGAUACAUCAAUUCCAUGGGGAUUUCGACUUGAAGGUGGGAUAGAUUUUGGUCAUCCUAUGAAUAUACAACAUGUAAAUCCUGGAAGUAUUGCUGAUUACAGUGGGCUUAGAAGUGGUGAUCAAGUGAUUCGUAUUAAUCAAUCUGAAACUAAAUGGAUGCGUCAUAAUGAUGCUAAAAUGGAGAUUAUACGAUCAAACAAUAACUUAGAAUUAUUUGUUCAACGUGAUGAUGAAAUCAUAAAUUCAUUUGUUAAUUCCAAUAAUAUUUAUACCUCAUCACCAGUUCAUUCUAUGAGCAGAUCACCAAAACCAAUUUCUCCGCAAUCAGUUAACCAACAGACUUCUAUAUGGAAGCCAAAAAUUGUUUCAUCUGUGCAUAAUGAUCAAUCAGGCUUUGCAACACACACAAGUCUAGAAGCUACACCGGCAAAUACAGAUUUAUCGAUUGGACUUAAACAUAAUGUCUCUCCUUUGCCUUUUGGGCAGUCACCACCAGCUCCAGGUGAAAAUUUAAUCACAAAAGUUGCCGAUGGACGUUAUCGUAAAAUCAGUCAUUCAUCGUACAACUCACCGAUGGGUUUAUAUAAUCAGAAAAAUCGUAACCAGACAUUUGAAAGGACACUAUCUAAUGCUAGUGGAACAGGAAAUCAGUCAAUAGGUCAACCAUCUGAAAUAUCAACACCCACACCAGCAUCACCACCAUCAAUGUAUUGUGGUUCUUGUGGCGGCUUUAUCCGUGGUGUAUUCAUCAAAGUACAAGGUCGUGUUCCAAUGCAUCCUGAAUGCUUGAAAUGCUGUAAAUGUGGUAUAGGCCUAAGAAAUAUUGGUUAUUUUUAUAUUAAAGAACAGCUGUACUGUGAAACACAUGCAAAACAAGCUGCACCACCUCCUCAACCCGGAAUGAAAGCUGUAGUCGUUUAUAAAUGAGGCUAUAUCAGUGAAAAAUUAAUCCCCACUCCCUUCAAUAUCUAUCUAUAUUGAAUAAAGUAAGUUUUGCAUUUUAAUUUUUCGAAGAAAUAAAUAACCUUAGUUUAAACAAGUCCUAUAAACACACACAUACACACACAAAACGAGACAGAGGCUUUUGUUGUACUAGCAGGUCUACUGAAGCAUCGAUAUAUAUUUAGAUUAAAACACAAACCCUCCUUAGAAAACUAUAUGCAGUGGAAAUGCCUUUAUUUUCUAAACACUUUGCAUUUGUUGCCAGUUUUUUUGAAAUUUCAAUCCAGAUAAAUAAACGUAAUAAAUAACAAUAAUAAUAAUUAUUAUUGUAAUAACUUUGAUUACUAUUAUUAUAUUCUCUUCAAAUGAACCAUUGAACACAUUUAUAUGUUUUAAAUGACUAAAUUACUAUCUCACCACAUGAGAGAUGUUACUACUAGUGUACUACUUAUAUAAUCCAUGUGGAAUGAAAACAGGUGCAGUCUACUAUAUCCCCCCCCGCACCAAACCCUGGUUUACUCUUUUUGUCCAAUGAUUUUUACACGCUGAUAUUUCAGAUUGAUGUGUGCGUGUGUGGAUAUUUUUUUUUGUUUUUCUAAAUAUCUGAGAUGUAUUACUAUUAUCAUCGCUGAAAUGGAGAAGUAGUUUUCAUUUUUUUCCUCAGUUAGUCUUCAUCAUUUAUUAAUUAAUAAACCAUUAUAAUU